AUGAAAGUUGCUAAUUUGCUAGUAGCUUUUGCUCUCAUGGCUCUGGCGUCCUCAUUUGCCACUGCCUAUGACCCCAGCCCCCUCCAAGACUUCUGUGUAGGAAUGAAUGAUCCUAACUCUGCUGUGUUUGUUAAUGGAAAAUUCUGCAAGAAUCCAAGCCUUGUCACCCCUGAUGAUUUCUUCUAUUCUGGACUUAAUGUUCCUGGAAACACCUCAAAUCAACUUAGAGCACACAUUACUGUUGUUUAUGAGGAUGUAUGGCCAGGGCUUAACACUCUUGGCGUAUCUUUAUCACGCAUAGAUUAUGAACCAAAUGGUGGCCUAAACCCUCCACACUAUCACCCUAGAGCAUCGGAGAUUCUACUGGUUUUGAAAGGCACUCUUUAUGCUGGUUUUGUCACGUCAAACCCUGAUCAUCGCUUAUUUGCCAAGACUCUAAAAGCAGGAGACCUCUUUGCGUUUCCAGUUGGCCUCCUUCACUUUCAAAUGAAUGUCGGAAAAACUCCUGCAGUUGCUAUUGCUGCAUUUUCAAGUCAAAAUCCAGGAUUAAACACAGUAGCAAAUGCAGUUUUUGGAGCCGUUCCAUCUAUUAAUCCUGAAGUUCUCACCACCGCAUUCCAUUUGGAUAGAAAACUUGUGGAGGAUCUCCAGACUCAAACAUGGACGGACCCUUCAGUGUAA